AUGCCUCCUUCAACAACACAACCAACCCCACAUACGCUAGUCAACCUUGUUGGUAGACAUUAUCAUCAAGAAGUCAUACCUGCAUCUGCAUCAUCUCCCGUCUCCGCAUACGCUAGACAACUCAAAUCCGCCCAAUUUUCGCCUCUGAACAUUGCUUGGCCAAGUCAAAACAACGUCAAGCCACGCUCACGAGGCCCUGCAACCCGGGCACCCACGCACGAAUCGCCCUCUUUUGAUAACCAUCCGUCGGGUCGUCGCGGUAUGCACCGACGACCCGUCGAUACUGCGAUGACCCGGAAGCAGCCCUAUCUUGCACUCCCCGGAACGCGGAUAAUCGCCACUUCGCCGUCUCGCUCCACCUACCUCGAAGCGAAGAACCUCGCCUUUCCGUCCUUGAUGCAUUCUGCUGCUGCUGCUGCCGGCCGAUUGGCUGCCCCAUCGCUUCUUGACUCACGCACAACACGAUCAUUCGGGCUGCGUUGCUCCGCAUCUUUCAAUGCCUCUUCCAACCCAAGCCCCGGCUUUCACCGGUAUUGCUGA